CGGCAGCACAUCGCAGUAUCGUGCGAGAUCUCUUAUCAGAAAGUGUUUGUGCUUUAUCUAACACGUGCAAAGAAAAACUCAAAGCGUGGAAAGCUGUUCCAGUACUGUUGGGUGUCGUUUCUCAUAAAAAAAAACCUACAAGUGAAGAUGCGUUUCUUGUCCUACAUUAAUCUGAUGGUGUUCGGUGUGCUGGCCCUGGUGCUGAGCGCUAGUGCAGGUCCUUGCGGCUGCCCCCGAUCGUACCGACCUGUCUGCGGCACGGAUCUGAAGACGUAUUCGAACCAGUGCGUGCUGGACUGCCGCAUAAACUCCAACUACGGUCGAAAGUUUGGCUUGAAGCUUUUGCGCGAAGGCCACUGCAAACAGCAGCAGGAUGAUGUGGAUGAACAGGAUUAAUUUCAUGUGCCCGGUUGCCGAAAUAGGAAGUGGUGGUUCUGUUCUUGGGGGAUGGAAAAAGUCACACAUGGAUGUGCAUAUUUAUAAUGUGUUGCCCUUCCAGUGCUCAAAAAUAGAAGCAGUAUGAAUAAAAUGCUUCAACAGCAUAUGUAAGGUUCCUGAACAA